AUGUCACCUAGCCGAACGCAGUUACUGUUUGCUAAUUUAUGCACCAUCGGGUUAGUAAUUCUGUAUGUAAAUGUUCGUUUAAAUAGUGAGCAGCAAAGGAACGCACAGAAAACGACUUCUACCGAUGUGGGUCCAAGGUCGAACCUUAUCGUGAUUUAUAAUAGGAUACCUAAAACCGGUUCAACUACAGUCACUAACGCCGUUGCCUAUGACUUGUAUAAAGUUAAUGGGUUUAAUGUUAUACACUUGAAUAUGACGAAAAAUAGACAGGUGAUGAGUCUUACUGAUCAAAGUGAAUUUAUCGCCAACAUAACUUCGUGGUCCGAACGAAAGCCGGCAUUCUAUCAUGGUCACGUUGCCUUCGUCGAUUUUGGACGGUUCGGAAUCCAAAAUCCUAUCUAUAUUAACAUUGUUCGAGAACCACUUGAGCGUUUACUAUCUCAUUACUACUUUCUUCGUUUUGGUGAUAACUUUCGUGUUGGUUUGAAGAGAAGCCGAGCAGGAAAUAAUGAGACAUUCGAUGAGUGUGUUUCGAGAAAUGGUCAUGACUGUGAUGUGAAACAGAUAGUUGCUGGCAGUAAAGCUGCAUUAGAUCAAGCAAAAAAGAAUCUUAUUGAUAAGUAUUUGAUAGUUGGUAUCAGUGAGCAGAUAAGGGAUUUUAUUGCUCUCUUAGACCGCCUUGUGCCACGUUUCUUUAAAGGUGCACUCAUGCACUUCGAUAACCUUAGUGAGAGCCGUGCUCAUUUGCGUAACACAAAGCAGAAGUAUCCUCCCAACGACCAUACUUUAUCCAUGAUACGAAGAACCGAGGUGUACCAGUUAGAGAAGGAGUUUUAUGAGUUUGCAAAAGAAGAGUUCAAAGCGAUUUUCAAAAAGGCUACAAAUGGGACCAACAACGCUCUCGAUGUUCUUCGCUUAAGACUCCAGUUCCAUUACGAGAAAGUCAAACCGGAGCGACCGAUGUUUGAUUUGAAACGGUCAUAG